AUGGCUGCCUCAAGUGGUGUAAGGAAGAGGCGAUACAACAGAUUUCCUGUUGGGAAAUAUAUGGUCUUGCAGAAGGAGAAAUGGGACAAUGUUUUAAAAGAAACAAAAGCUAUUCAGGAAACAGAUGUGCAAUUAGCUCAGAAAGAGAAGGAACUUUGUUCAAAACUUAAUGUUUUUUCAACAAAUGUUAAAACAGUUAAAAGAGUAAUUCCUAAGAUAUUACAGAAAGGUAUAAAUGAUUAUGAAAAGUCAAAUGAUAACAUGACAAGAAGUAUCGCUGUGUAUUAUAGUGGCGGUAUAAUGGGUAAAAGGAAGUAUCGUAAUGUUUAUAGGGCAAGUAGUUACAAAAAGAGUAAUGAAGCAAAGUCUCUUCGUAUAAAAAUCAAUAACUGCCCUAUUCCGAGACUGUUGCCUUACCAUAAGCUUGCACAUUAUAUUAAAUCAAUAGAUAUUGGUAAACUUUAUUCCAUUAGGGAAACACUUUGUGAUGGUCUAGAUGAAAUUGACAAAGUUGAUGGGGUGUAUAGAAAUAUUCAGGAGAUAGUUCUUAUUCUUGCUAGAUACUACUUAGUGUGUCGAAAGAGGUAUGAGCUUGUAUGCUUUAAGAAACAAACUUACACUUUCAAUAUUUCACUUGGAGGCGAUGGGGCACCAUUUGAAAAAGAUGACACUUCGUGUUGCUGGUUAGUUAGUUUUCUUAAUUUAGGCAGGAAAGUGCUAAGCAGCAAUGAGAAUUAUCUAUUGUUUGGAGCCAAUUGUAAAGAGGAUUGUGUGCCAGUGCGUCGGUUUCUACAAAAGUGCUUGAGUGAUAUUAGUGUUUUGGAGAAAAGUACCUUUCAGGUUGAGUGUGGUGGUGAGAUGGUUAAUGUAAGAUUUCAUGUCUCAGAAAUGCCUAACGACAUGAAGAUGUUGGCAUUCUUUGGUGGAGAACUAUCAAACGCAGCCACUUUCUUUUCUACCUUUGCAAAUGUAAGCACCCAUAAUAUGAGUUCUCUUGCAGGUUCUUUCAGUUUUUCUGGGAAGGAAAUGUGGAAGCCCUGGAAAUAUGAAGACAGGGUCUCUGCUGCAAACAAGGUUGAAGAUUUUAAGAAAACUAUGGCCAAAAAACCAUUGGCACCAGCCACAGUAAGAUCUAAGGUAACAUCCUUCAUUGCCCAGUUGAAAAGCCGCCAGGAAUUUCAACCCAUUGUUGGAAGGUUGAUUGAUCGGGCUCAUGUAGACCCGCUUCACCUAAAAAACAAUGCUUGUGCACUUACCCAUAGGUUGUUGCUUUAUGAAGUAAUUGCAAUGACAAAGCUUGGACAGAAGGUGAAUUCUUUUGCUCAGGUUCCUUCAAACUCUCCAUUUAAAAUGUACAUCCUUUCCAUGCGUGAAUGCAAUUUAUCAAGGUUAGCGAAUAAGAUCAUCAAGUGGUUUGAUGAAACUGGUGCUAAUGGAAAAAGUUUUGAAUAUCGCUUCACUGGCAAGCAGUCAAGACUUUUUCUCCUGCAUUUCAUGAAAUUAAUUUCAUAUAUUGAACCUAUUUCUGAGCCUGGUAGGCAGAAAACUAUUCUGCAUAUUCUUGCAUACAUUUGCCUUCUUCUUAGAGAUUGUGUUUCGAUAUUCAGUCGAAUAAAUAUUUCAAAUGAUGAGAUAAAGAAGCUUACCAAUCUCUGUCGAGACUAUUUCCGGGCAAAUGCUCUGUUCUUUCAAGUAAAUCCCACUGUUUGGACAAUAGGCAAUAUUGUUCCUGCCCAUACCCAGUACAUGAAGGACAAAUAUGACCUUGGCAACGGUAUUAACUCAAUGGAAGGAAGAGAGGCAAAACAUGUCUUCAUUGCAAAAUACAGCAGGAAUACCAAUUUUGUUUCCAGAUGGGAACAAAUUUUCCGACAUGAGUUUGUAUCCUUAAUCUGGCUCAGGGAGAGAGGUUUUAACCUUCCUAAUGAGAGAUCUGAUCAUUCUUGUGCCAAGUCAUAUAUUCCCAAACAAGUAAGCUCUGGAGAUUUGGCAUACUGUUAUUGUGGGUUGCAGAAGGUGUGCAUGUCAGAUGUUAAGUGUAGAUUCUGUGCAGAUAAGCUUAGGAGGUUGAUUGUAUCAAGUGUUUCCUCAGGGAAAAAUCUUGUGUUUAAGUAG